AUGGAAUCAAGUGCAGCUAUUGCAGAAGAUCCUAAUUACAAUAUUGAUAGACAAGGCCUUAUCGAUAAAACCAACAAGUGAACUGUCCCUCUCUACUGUGUUGAUGCUGUUGCUACGAUUGACAGUGGCAUUGCUGAAAUCAAGUAUACCCAGUUCUACUUUAAUGACAAGGAUGAACCUAUUGAAGCCGAACAUGUGUUCCCAACUAACACAGAUUGGACUUUCUCUCACUUGAAGGCUACUAUUGGAGAAGAAGUUCUUACAACAAAAGUGGUAGAAAAGAAAGCUGUCAAAGAGACUUAUACUGAUGCUUCAAACAUUAUUGACCCAGCCAGCAGCUCUUCUCUGUUUCCACUAACAAAUGACAUGAUGUCGGUUCAGCUAGGAAGAAUUCCUGCUAACACUCCAGUGUUUAUAUCUUGAGUUUUCCAGCAAAUAAUGCGAAUUGAAGAUCUAAGUCGGAGAAUUCAAGUUCCUGUUCAAUUACAGCCCAAACAAGUUGGUGAUUUGCCACAAUCCAUUAAAACAGAAACAAGUUUAGAAAAGAUGAUAAAAAUGUCUGAGCCAUUAAGAGGAAAUAAGUUGAAGCAGAAAGUAGAAAAAGUUGAAAUGAUCUACUCAUCAAGCUCGUUCUUAUGAGACUUUGUUGUGAAGAUCAAAUCUAAGGAUCCAAUCACCCGUGUUAUUAGCCCUACCCACCAGAUCGAAGUGAAAUGCUCGAAUGCUAAGAAACUGAAUGCUGAAGUCAGCAUUCUAGCUUCAGAGCUUGGAGAAUUAUAUACCAAAGACUUUAAGCUCUUAUACAGAGACCAAGGCAUAGACAAACCCAGCGCUAUUCUUCAGACUAUGGACGAUAUGUACGCACUAAUGAUAUCAAUGCUGGUUGACUGCACUCCUGAGAAAGAGUGGCAGGAAAAUAGAAUCGCAGUGGAUCGAGAUAUUGACCUUGAUCCAACAAUCAGAUAUUCUGAAAAAAUAGGAAAUCAAAAUAAGCCAGCAAGGUUUACCUUUGUGAUUGAUAGAAGCGGAUCAAUGAGUGGUCCAAAAAUUAAAUUAGCAAAUGAAGCUUUGAUGCUUUAUAUCAAAAGCUUGCCUCUCAAUUGAUCAUUCAACAUCAUUUCUUUUGGAACAAAUCACAAUUAUUUAUUCUCUAGAUAUGUUGAUUAUAAUAGUACAAACUGUACUCAAGCCAUCGACCAAGUAAAAGCUUUUGGAGCAAAUUAUGGUGGAACAAAUCUCUACAGCUGUCUUCAAACUUUAUAUUCAGCAACAUUAGAUAGUACUUUUGGAGAAAAUAAUGUAAUUCUGUUGACAGAUGGGCAUGUUGGGCAGCCAAACGAUUGCUAUGAAAUAAUUAGGAAGAACUCUAAUAGAUAUACUCUCAAUACUUUCGCAAUUGGAGGAGGUGCAGAUAAAGCUCUUCUAGCUAAAUGAGCACAAGUUGCUGGAGGAAAGUCUUUUUAUGUUGAUGAAAAAUGCUCAAAACUAAAAGAGCAGAUUAUUUCUUGUCUCUCAGAAUCUCUAGUGCCAGAUGUUGUUAUCGAAGAUUCAAGUGAAAUUGAUCAUUGUGGAGAAAAGAUUUUGGAAUAUCCAGAAUUCUCAGAGCUGAAGUCAAAGCCAUUUGCUCAUGGAAAAUAUCUCACUUACUUCAUGAUUUUUGAUUCUCUCAAUGAGACUCUCUCAGGGAAUAUUGAUAUAGACUGGAGCGAAGUAGGAACUGCAAACAAGAAUUCAGUCUCAUUGUCAUUGGAAAGAGACGUGAAAUUCAUUCCUGGAGAUUCUAUCUUCAAAAUGGCAUCAGACCACUACAUCAAAACAAACAGCAAAUUUGUUGUUGGAAGAAAGUUAAUUCUCAGACUAUCUGAUAAAUUCCAGAUCUCGAGUGAAUUCACCAGCUUGAUUGCUGUGACCAGCAGAAACAAGGCUAAGAAGAUUAUGGAAGAAGAUGACUUCAGCACAAGAGCCAAAGAUUUCAAUCAAGUAGAAUUUUCCGGAAAUAAUCCAAUGAGAGCGAAGAUCAAGACCUUCACUGGGAAGCAUCACCUAGUCCAUUGCUACCAAGAGACUUUAAUAUCUGAAUUAAAGGAGUAUCUAUCGUACCUGCCAGGGACUCCUGAUGAUCCUUCUCUAAUAACUCUGACUUAUGAUGGAGUCAAGAUGAGGAGUGGUCCCGACAAGAAACUUUGCGACUAUGGGGUUGAGAACAUGAAAGUUAUCCAAAUGUUAGAAGUAGUUUCACAUAAAGAAAGUCUUAUCUCUUGCAAGCCUAAAUCUGAAAUCAACAUAGAUAGACUGGUAGAACUCCAGAAGCAUGACGGAUCUUGGGAUGCAACCAUUGCAGAAUUCUUUACUGUGGACUAUAAGUCGUUGAAAGCUUCUCUGCCUAAGGUAGUUAGUAGACUUGGAGAUGACACUAAGGUAUUCUCAGUGAUGUUCACUUGGCUAGGCCUUGAUCUGAUUGAGAAGUACUUCCCAUCCAAAGAAGGCGAGUUAUCGCUGAUCACAGAAAAGGGAGCCAACUUCAUCGAGUGUGUCACUGAUGGGAAGCUUGGAUACAAUGAUAUUCACAUGAAGGUGAACUACAAAGCAGAAUAA